AUGGAAGCCAUGGUAUACGACUGUACACUCGAAGCGUCGGCGAUUCGUCACGCUCGAACUUGCGAUGGUGAGCUUUCGUUACCAGAAUCUCGUCCGGGAACGAGAGAGAACAUUCAAACGAUCAACAACUUGAAUCUCGACGAAAAUGCGGCCGCGGAUCAGGCAAUGACAAUCUGGUGGUCUGAAUUGGCACGAUCAGGUAUUCGAUCGGAUAUGCUGUUCGACUCCGCAACUCGUUAUCGGACAACCAACAUUGUUACCCACUGGUCCAAGAUGGCCUGGCACGACAAUGUACGUCUCGGAUGCGCAAUUCAACGUUGCAGAGGGAACGACGUCGGCGAGUAUAUCUACAAUGUGGCUGCCGUGUGCUCGGCUUGUCCAUCCGGUACCAUUUGCAAUGAUGCAACAGCGCUUUGUGUACGACGGCCCUGA